AUCAUUUUCAGAACAAAGCCAAACGCCCCGCGCUCGGUCCUAUAUAAGCCGCAGCCAUGCCCGCCUUCGUUCCCCAGACCUGCUCUCAUCGCAGUCUAGCCGUUCUUUGGCCUCCGCCUUUCUUUCUUCCUCACUGUCCCUUCCCUCUGAGGCUUCCCGAAGUUCAAGUCCUUCAUUUUCCAGACAACCAACUUCUGCUUCAGCACAUCCAGCCUAUUUAGCCACCAAGAUGCUCUUCUCGUUCGCCCACGUCUUCACCGCGCUUGUCGCACUCACUCACGUCGGACUGGGCCUCGCCGCGCCCGUCCCGGUAUGCUCGCUCGGCAACCGCACCGGCGGGAACAACUCGACCUCUUCCUCCGGGAACGCCACCGGCUCUAACGGCACGACGACUUCAUCUUCUGGCCCUCACUGGGUUGUGUACAGUGACUCUUGGGUUUCUGGCGAGAAUGGCCCGCCCGCCGCUUCUGACAUUGAGGGCUACAACGUCUUCAUUAUGUCCUUCCUCCUUGCUUCGGGCUCCGUUGACCAGGCACAAGAAUGGGAAACUCUCGACGCAACCACCCGCUCGACCAUCAAGGCCGCAUACAAGGCGGCGGGCGUAAGCCUGCUCGUCUCCGCUUUCGGUUCCACCGAGACUCCGACCAGCUCCGGCACUGACCCUACCACCGCCGCCAACACGAUGGCUGCAUGGGUCAAGCAGUACGACGUGGACGGCAUCGAUGUCGACUACGAGGACUUUGACGCAUUCAACGACGGCAGCGCCAUCGCCUGGUUGGAGACCUUCACCAGCGCGCUCCGUGCCCAGCUCCCCGCCGGUCAGUACAUCAUCACGCACGCGCCGGUCGCGCCUUGGUUCUCGGGCACGUCCGUGUACCCGAGCGGGAGCUACCUCGACAUCGACCAGAAGGUCGGCUCCUCGAUCGACUGGUACAACGUCCAGUUCUACAACCAGGGCGCGUCGGAGUACACCGACUGCAACGGCCUCCUCACGUCUUCUGGCGGCACCUUCCCCGGCACGUCGGUCUUCGAGAUCGCCGCGGCGGGCAUUGACCUGAACAAGAUCGUCAUCGGCAAGCCUGCUUCGGCUGCCGAUGCGAGCAACGGUUACAUGGACACCGCGACGCUCGCGUCCUGCGUAUCGCAGGCUCAGGGCAAGGGAUGGAAUGCGGGCGUCAUGACCUGGGAGUACCCUACGGGUGACUCCGCAUGGAUCUCCGCCGUCCGCGCGACCGCCUUCCCCGUAAACUGAGCCCGGUGCCGCCCUCACGACCACCACACGCAUUCUCGGUGCACGCGCCAGCUCGCGCGCACUCCCCCUCGCCGCCCGAGCGCGGCGGGCGGGUCUUUUCAAUUCUGGGUUUUGGGUUUGCGUCGCAUUAAUCGCUGUCUUUAUCUGCAUACACUCUCUCCGUCUCUUACGCUCUCUCACGACCGCUCUGGCACGCGUCACUCUCUGUCUCUAUAGCUGACCGACUGUAUCCGUAAUAUUAGCACGAUCCCAGGGAUUGUUGCUCUGGCGCCGCGCUCCGAGCGAGCCGGCGCGGGGUGCAUCUCGAUGACCACCCCUCUUCCCCCUGUCGCUGUAUUUGAUAUACUGCUAUGUGUCUGUGUGCGUGUAUUGUAUACAUUGCAUGCUGCUAUACGUGUUGAACAUGAUCUGUUAUCCCAAUCCUCG